AUGGAGGACGCGAUGAUCCUAUUCCAAACCGGUAAACGCCUCGUCACGGCGGAGCUCCGCCGCGAAAGCAUCAACUGGUCGGAUGAUAACUUCGUCCUUUUCGCCUCCGCAUCUCAGCCGCGACCAAACACCGAAUCAGAGAUCGUAUCGCAAACGCUCUCACAGAUCAAACUCCUCCUCCGAAGGCGCACGGCGGCUCUCGCCGCACUCGACGCCGGUCUCUACUCCGAAUCCAUCCGCCAUUUCUCUAAGAUCGUAGACAGCCAUCGCGGUGCGCCGCGGAGUUUCGUCGUCGAAUGCUUACUCCAUCGCGCCUCCGUCUACAAAUCCACCGGACGAAUCGCAGAUUCAAUCGCCGAUUGCAACACGAUCCUAGCUUUAAAUCCGUCGUGCCUUCAAGCUUUAGAAACCAGAUCGGAAUUGCUCGAAUCGAUACGGUGUUUCCCAGAUUCGCUUCACGAUCUAGAACACAUGAAACUCCUUUUCAAUUCGAUUUUACGUGACCGGAAAAGAACCGGUCCGGUUUGGAAACGGCAUAGUGUUCGGUACAGAGAGAUCCCGGGUAAUUUAUGUGUAUUGGCCACUAAAAUCAAACCAAAUGAAGGAGAAAAUCACGAACCGAGAGACCGGUUAUGUGGAUUAUUACUCGAUGGGAAUCGAACGUGGGUGCACGAGAUCGGAGCUGAAUAG